UCCCGGAAUGUUCUUGUCUUGUCCAGUAAGAUUCGUUGUCAUUGAUUAUCCAACAACUCAAACCCGCGUAAGUCUUCAAAUCCAUUCUUUCACCGAAAUAAAAACCCCACCACCUUCGCAUCGAAUCGAAAUUAGGUUUCUCUUUCAAUGGCUGCCAAUUCCCACUCUUCCUAUCCUUACAGAUCAAGAGAUGGGCUUAGCACCCGACCCGUUGCUGCCUCCGAAGAGAUCCAAUUGCGUAUUGAUCCCUUGGACUUGGACGAUGAAAUCACCGGUCUUCAUCGCCAAGUUAGACGGUUGAAACAUGUUGCUGAGGAGAUAGGGACAGAAGUGAAGUACCAGAAAGAUUUUCUAGAACAGCUGCAAAUGACAAUGAUAAAGGCUCAGGCUGGGGUGAAGAAUAACUUAAGAAGAUUGAACAAGAGCAUCAUCCAAAAUGGUUCAAACCAUAUUGUUCAUGUUAUAAUUUUUGCCUUAGUGUGUUUCUUUGUAGUGUACCUUUGGUCCAAGAUGUCUAGAAAAUGAGGAGCCAGCUUCCUGGUUGAAAGACUUCACUGAAUUCGACGACCCACAUGAUAGCUAAUAUUGUUGUAAAGAAAAACUCCAAAAUCCUUUAGUGUUUCAUAAUUAAAAUGUAUCUGGCUUUUUAGGUAUGUUUCUUGGAUACA